AUGCAGAAACUCAUGAAGGCGGCCAAGGAAGGCACCAAAGACGGGCUGGAGAAAACCAAGGCCGCCGUGAAGAGAGGCCGCUCCUUCAUCAGGACCAAGUCUUUCAUUUCGCAAGAUCACAGAUCUGGUCUUGAAGAAGAGCAGAAUUUGUUCAUAGACGUGGACUGCAGGCACCCAGAGGCCGUCCUGACCCCGAUGCCCGAGGGCUUGUCUCAGCAACAGGUGGUGAGACGGUAUAUCCUGGGCUCCAUUGUGGAGAGCGAGAAGAACUACGUGGGCGCACUGCAGAGGAUCGUGGAGCACUACGAGAAGCCGCUGUCGGCGAUGGAGCCACGGGUCCUGAGCGAGAGGAAGCUGCGGACGGUCUUCCACCGCAUCAGGGAGAUCCUGCAGUGUCACUGCAUGUUCCAGAUCGCGCUGGCCAGCCGCGUGGCCGAGUGGGACGCCGUGGAAACCAUCGGUGACGUCUUCGUGGCCUCGUUUUCCAAGUCCAUGGUGCUGGGUGCCUACAGUGAGUACGUGAACAAUUUCAGCACUGCUAUGGCAGUCCUCAGGAAAACAUGUGCCACCAAGCCUGCUUUUCUUGAAUUUUUAAAGCAGAGCCAGGAGAGCAGCCCAGACCGGGUCACCCUUUACAGCCUCAUGAUGAAACCCAUCCAGCGGUUCCCACAGUUCAUCCUCCUGCUGCAGGACAUGCUGAAGAACACUUCCAAAGGACACCCCGACCGGCUACCCCUUCAGAUGGCGCUGACAGAGCUCGAAACCUUGGCGGAGAAGUUGAACGAGAGGAAGAGGGAUGCCGACCAGCGCUGUGAGAUCAAACAAAUAGCAAAAGCCAUAAACGAGCGAUACCUGAACAAGCUCCUCAGCAGUGGAAGUCGGUACCUCAUCCGAUCUGAUGAUGUGAUAGAGACCGUUUACAACGACAGAGGAGAAAUCAUGAAGACCAAGGAGCGCCGGCUGUUCAUGCUGAAUGACGUGCUGAUGUGUGCCACGGUCAGCUCCCGCAGCCUGCACGACAGCCAUGCUGUGACCAGCCAGAGGUACCUGCUCAAGUGGAGUGUCCCCCUGGGACACGUGGAUGUGAUCGAGUACAGCAGCAGUCCUGGCCCGGGAGAGCACUGCAGGUUCUCCGCUGUGCACUCGCCUGAAAGCCUGGCGGUGAUGGCAAACGUGAAGCCACGCAAAGUUUACAUGGGGCCAGGACAGCUGUAUCAAGAUCUGCAGAACCUUCUGCACGACCUCAAUGUUGUCGGCCAGAUCUCUCAGCUGAUAGGAAACCUCAAAGGGAAUUACCAGAACUUAAACCAGUCGGUGGCCCACGACUGGACGUCAGGUCUGCAAAGACUGAUUUUGAAGAAAGAAGAUGAAAUCAGAGCCGCCGACCGCUGCAGAAUUCAGCUGCAGCUCCCCGGGAAGCAGGACAAGUCUGGGCGGCCGACGUUCUUCACCGCUGUGUUCAACACGUUCACCCCUGCCAUCAAAGAGUCCUGGGUCAGCCACCUGCAGAUGGCCAAGCUCGCCCUUGAGGAGGAGAACCACCUGGGCUGGUUCUGCGUGGGCGAUGACGGGAACCAGACCAAGAAGGAGACGCACCCCCUCCUCGUGGGACACACGCCAGUGAUGGUGGCCAGGCAGCCCGAGUUCAAGAUCGAGUGUGCUGCUUACAACCCGGAGCCUUACCUAAGUAACGAAAGUCAGCCGGACUCACUCUCCACGGCACACGGCUUCCUGUGGAUCGGAAGUUGCAGCAACCAGAUGGGUCAGAUUGCCAUCGUCUCCUUUCAAAAUUCCAACCCCAAAGUCAUCGAGUGCUUCAACGUGGAGUCUCGUAUCCUAUGCAUGGUGUACAUUCCCGUGGAGGAGCAGCCCCGAGAGCCCAGUGCAGCCCCGGACGCUGAGCCCACGGCCGCCAGGGCUUCCGACGUGCCCACCAUCUGUCUGGGCACGGAAGAAGGAAGCAUCUCCAUUUACAAAAGCAGCCAAGGCUCCAAGAAAGUGAGGCUUCAACACUUUUUCACUCCCGAGAAGUCCACAGUCAUGAGCUUGGCCUGUUCACCACAGGGCCUGUACGCUGGCUUGGUCAACGGGUCAGUGGCCAGCUACACCAAGGCCACAGAUGGAUCCUGGAAUUCAGAACCUCAGAAAGUGAUAAAAUUGGGCGUCCUGCCGGUGAGAAGUCUUCUGCUGGUGGAGGACACGCUGUGGGCAGCAUCUGGAGGUCAAGUGUCCAUGGUCAGCACCGAGACCCAUGCCAUUGAGGGCCAGCUGGAGGCCCAUCAAGAGGAAGGGAUGGUCAUCUCCCACAUGGCCGUGGCUGGCGUUGGAAUUUGGAUCGCCUUCACCUCGGGGUCCACCCUUCGCCUCUUCCACACGGAAACGCUGAAGCACCUGCAGGAUGUCAACAUCGCCGCCCCUGUGCACAGCAUGCUGCCAGGGCACCAGCGGCUGUCUGUGACCAGCCUGCUCGUCUGCCAUGGCUUGCUGAUGGUUGGCACCAGCCUGGGCGUUGUUGUGGCCCUGCCAGUCCCUCGUCUGCAGGGAAUCCCCAAAGUGACUGGAAGAGGCAUGGUGUCCUACCAUGCACACCAGGGUCCUGUCAAGUUCAUUGUCACAGCCACCGCACUGCAGAAGAAGGACCAAGAUGGAGCCAGGGACAGCCCGCCUCCCGGCCCUGAGCCCCAGAGCGAAGACCAGAAGGACAUGCUCCCUGGCGAGGGCCCCCCUUCCCGUCCAAGUCACAGUGACCCUGACACAGCUGUUUGGUUGGGAGACACUCUGGGGUUGACUUCUCAGAAGAGCGACCUGUCCUCGUCAUCUGGGUCACUGAGCCUGUCUCAUGGCUCCAGCUCACUCGAACACAGGUCUGAGGACAGCAGUGUCUGUGACCUCCUGAAGGACCCCUCAGCCUACUGCAGGAGCAGGGCACAGAGGUCCAGGAGAGCCAAGGCCAGCUCGGUGCUAGUGGUGUGUGGUGGCCAGGGCCACCGGCGUGUGCACAAGAAGGCCCGGCAGCCCCAGGAGGAAAUGAUGUCCUCCGUGAUGGUCUGGCAGAUCCCGUUGCUCAGUGCAUAGGGGGGCAGUCACCUCCUGGCCUCAGAGUGGCCGUCAGGGUCUCGGCCCAGCAUAGGCGAGAGCUCAGGCCAUGUCCACACUGCCAGGGGCCAACUGGAAACGGCAGGGGAAAGCAAAGUGCAGAACGUCAGGGGCUUUCCUGCAGGUCCACCUGCUCUUCCCCACAGCUGAGCGCUGUCCUGACACCUGACACGCGGAGGAGACAGGUCCUGGGUCACUGAGUGACGCUGAGGCCACACCACCACCACACUCACUGGCCGCUGUCAUCCACCGGCAAUGAAGGUGCUCAGCCUCGUCAGCUCCAAACCUGUUCUCGUAUCUUCUUACUUAGAGGAUUUGUGGGGAAAUGUAGCGUAUUCAAUAGUGUAGGAAUUUAUUAACAAUUUUUAAAAUGAUUUCACUUGACUCA